AAGGGCGCGCAUGCGUAUCCCAAAUAAAUGAAACGAGAUUGGCCUCUUGGGCGAGAUUGAGGCGUCGGUUUUCUUUGGCCUGCCGGCGAGUAUCCGGACGACGCUAUGGGGAAACUGAACGUUAUUUUACUCCGAUACCUUUCCAGGGAUCACUUUAGGGUCCUCACUGCGGUAGAAAUGGGCAUGAAGAAUCAUGAAAUAGUCCCUCCUAGUUUGAUUGCCUCCAUUGCCAGUCUUAAACACGGGGGUUGUAAUAAAAUACUGAAAGAAUUAACAAAACAUAGACUUACAGCUUAUGAACGAACUAAAACUGUCCAAGGUUAUCGAUUAACUAAUGGAGGUUAUGAUUACCUUGCCUUGAAAACACUGACUUCCCGAGACGUGAUCUGUUCUGUUGGGAACCAAAUGGGUGUUGGAAAAGAAUCAGAUAUUUACAUUGUUGCAAAUGAAAAAGAAGAGCAACUUGCAUUAAAACUGCAUAGGCUUGGGAGGACCUCCUUUCGGAACUUGAAAAACAAGCGUGAUUACCACAAACACAGACACAAGAUGUCAUGGCUCUACCUCUCACGUCUUGCUGCAAUGAAAGAAUUUGCCUAUAUGAAGGCUUUGUAUGACAGACAGUUUCCUGUUCCAAAACCUUAUGACUACAAUAGACAUGCAGUAGUAAUGGAACUUGUCAAUGGCUACCCACUGUGUCAAGUGCGUCAUCUUGAAGACCCUGCAUCCCUAUAUAAUGAGUUGAUGGAAUUAAUUGUAAAACUUGCCAACCAUGGCUUGAUCCAUGGUGAUUUUAAUGAAUUCAAUCUCAUGUUAGAUAAUAAAGACCAGGUUACAAUGAUUGAUUUCCCACAGAUGGUAUCAACCUCUCACCCAAAUGCUGAAUGGUAUUUUGAUAGAGAUGUGAAAUGUAUCCGUGAUUUCUUCAUGAAGCGCUUCAGCUAUGAAAGUGAACUGUAUCCAACUUUUAAGGAUGUUAGGAAAGAGUGUUCUCUUGAUGUUGAAAUCUCAGCCAGUGGCUACACCAAAGAAAUGCAGGAAGAUGAUGAAUUACUUUAUAUGGAUUGCCCUGAAUCUGAGAAUCUUAAAACAGAGACUUUUUCUGAUGUGCAAGAUCCAGAAGGAGAGGUUGCUUCAUGUGACAGCGUAGAUCAAAUGACUGAUGGGAAUUUCAUACAUGAGGUUAAAAAAGCUUCAGGAGGUUUGUUGCAGACCCCUGAGGAAGAUAGUGCAGAAGAAGAUGAAGACAGUUUAGAUUUGCAGGAAUUCAGCUGUGCCUUACAAGAGAUGGAAGGGCAGGUGAUGACUGAAGAGAAGUCUGACCCUGAAAGCUCAGCCAUUGGUUUUCGUGGUGAUAAGAACAACAUUGAAAAAUCUACCCAAUUGGAAGACGAAGUGGAUCAUGGAGAAGAUACUGCUGACAAAGAAUAUGAAGAUGAAUGCUCCAGUCUGGUUGAUUUGUCUACAUUAAACAGGGAAUUUAGACCUUUCAGGGAUGAAGAGAGCCUAUUUCAUGUCAAUCAGCACAGGACAAGAACCGCUAGUAUGACUUCAAUACAGAGCACUACAAGCCAGACAACAAUUCCUCCUGAACUGGUAAAACAGAAGGUAAAACGCCAGCUAAAUAAACAACAAAAAGCUGCUUUCAGACGACGACUGCAGAAAGGAGAAGCUAACAUUUACACCAAACAACGGCGGGAAAACAUGUACAAUAUCAAAUCCAGUUUGGAUUCAACCAGCUUCUGGGAAUGACAUCCUAUGAAGACAUUUAUCUUUUUUUUUCUCCCAUCUUACAAAUCAAACAAAUCUUUUAUUUUAAAUAACUACUUACAGAGAAGAAUCUAAAUCUAAAGUUCUUUUUUCCAAAUCCCAAAGGUUACCGCUAUAAACCCCAUCCAAACUGUCAAGUAAUGAAAAUGAUACUGCAAAGAUCUUGCAAGAACAUUUCAAAAAAAUAAUGAAGUACUGCUGAUUUUUUUUUUCAUAUAUUUAUUCAACAUUUUAGUAAAUGGCCUAUUGCCAAGGGUCCUGAGCCCAACAAAUAGGCUUUUUUAGCCAAAAUGUUGUAUCUUUAGAAUAUAAAAAAUCAGUUGGCAUGCUUGAUAUGAUCUAUCAUUAUUUAAGAAAAACAUCAUAGAAAUUUGGGUGCAUCCCAGACUUUGAUUUCUUUCAAAAAAA